AUGCUGGGGUUCACAAUUUCUCAGGUACUGCAGGGGUGUGGUGUGGAGGACGGUGUGAAACGGAGGGGGAAAAGGAGGGCGGAAAGGUGUAUAUCACGGGAGCUGGUGGCACUGCCUGUGUUAAACAGUGUCCUCAAGUACAGGACAGAGUGCGUGGCAGGGGUUACAGAGCGCGUGGCAGGGGUGGGUGGGUCCCACUCGCCCACUAGACUCCACAAUGUGUGCCCCUCCGCAAUGCUAGAAGGACCCUCCUUGCUGGCCUCGCCCCUCCCAUGCCCCCCUGCCGCCCCUCAGGUCCUGGAGGAGUACGAGACAGAGCGCGUGGCAGGGGUGGUGCUGGAGGAGUACGAGACAGAGCGCGUGGCAGGGGUGGGUCCGCCUCGCCCGCUGCCGUCAGGGGAGACGUUUGCGGAGCUGAGUGAACGCAUUCUCUCCUACCUUGAGGCAUUCACAGACGGGCCACCUUUCACCAUUCAGCGCAUCUGUGAGGUGCUUCUCAAUCCCCGAGCCACCUACACAAAUCUCAACCGUGUUGCCUUUGCUCUUGAGAAGGUCCGUCUGCCUCGACCCAUCCCACUGUUCGCACUCUCUUUUCUUCCUGAGUUGACUUUUGAUCGACUCAAAAGUCAACUCAAAAGUCAACUCGACCCAACCCACUGUUUCCACCCACUGUUCGCACUCUCUUGUCUUCCCCUUCUCGUCCCCGACCUGCCUAUUGCACUGGGAUUUCUGCUCGUGCACCCUUCUCCUCCAUUCCUUCCGAACCAGGGAGGCAGGGCGAGGCAAGAGGGGGGAGCAGCAGGACAGGCGGGGGGGGGUGGCGAGGGGGGUGGAGGGAAGGGGGAUGAGGAGGGAGGGGAGGGGGGAAAUGCAGCAAUGGAGACGGACGAGAGGGGGGCUGGCAGGCCAGGUUCCCCGGACAUCGCCCCACACUCGCCUGAAUUUGCGGGGUUCUUUCGAGAGGUGGUGGUGGAAGAAGCUGCGAUGGAACUGGGUGGGGCUGGUGGGGGCAGUGGGGGUGGUGGGGCGGGUGUUGGGACGGUGGAGGGUGGGGCUAGGAGCAGGGGAGGAGCCCGGGAUGAGGGGGUGGGUAGUGGCACUGCUGGUGGUAGUGGUGGGAGCAGCGGUGGGAGUGGCGGUGGCGAGGGAAGUGGUGGGGGCGAUGCGGGCAGCAGGGGGAGAGGAGCGAGUGUUGGUAGGGAGGGUGGGGUGGAAGCGGGGAGGAUGGAUGAGGGAAAGGAGGAUGGGGAGAAGGAGGAGAGGGGUGGGUCUGGAAGGGGUGCUGGGGAGAAGGGCGAAGGUGGGAAUGAGAGAGUGAGGGAGGGAGGGGACGAGGAGAUGGAGGAGGAGGAGGAGGCGAGCAAGUGGUUGGUGGAUAAUCCCCCUCCUGUUGCCUUUGGACCCGUGUCACCCACGAGGGAGGAAAGCAGGGAGGGGAGGAGGGAGGAGGGGAGGGAGGAAGAGAAGGGGGAGGAGGAGAUGAAGGGGGAAGGAGGGGGUGACAUGAAGGUGGAAAGGGGGGGUGAUAUUCGAGUGGAGUGUGAGGAGAAGGCAGUAGAGGGGGAGGAGGAUGGGGAUGGUGGGAGUGGGGAGGGAGAGGACUUGGCGGGACAAGGGCAGGGGAAGGAGGGAGGGGAGGGUGAGCAGAUGAGUGUAGAUGGAUGA